GCGGGCGGGGCGGGCCCCGCGGCGAAGAUGGCGCGGUGCGGGUGCGGGUGCGGGGCCGGGCUGUGCUGCUGCUGCUGCUGCGGCGAGCGGGAGAGCCGCACCCCCGAGGAGCUGACAAUCCUUGGAGAAACUCAUGAAGAGGAGGAUGAGAUCCUUCCCCGCAAAGACUAUGAGAGCUUGGAUUAUGAUCGCUGUAUCAAUGACCCAUACUUGGAGGUUUUGGAGGGCAUGGACAAUAAGAAAGCCCAGAGAUACGAAGCCGUGAAGUGGGUGCUGGUUUUUGCUAUUGGAGUCUGCACAGGACUGGUGGGCCUGUUCGUGGAUUUCUUCGUGCGGCUCUUUACGCAGCUCAAGUUCCGGCUGGUGCAAAGCUCGGUGGAGGAAUGCUCUGAGAAAGGCUGCCUUGCACUGUCCUUGCUGGAGCUGCUGGGGUUCAACCUGACCUUUGUUUUCCUUGCCAGUCUUCUGGUCCUGAUCCAACCUGUAGCAGCUGGAUCAGGAAUUCCUGAAAUUAAGUGCUACCUCAACGGGGUGAAGGUGCCAGGGGUGGUGCGUCUGCGGACGGUGGUGUGCAAAGCCAUGGGAGUGCUCUUCAGUGUGGCUGGAGGUCUUUUUGUUGGGAAGGAGGGUCCAAUGAUUCACAGUGGUGCUGUCGUGGGUGCAGGCUUGCCACAGUUCCAGAGCAUCUCUUUGAGGAAGAUCCAAUUUAACUUUCCCUAUUUCCGCAGUGACAGGGAUAAAAGGGAUUUUGUAUCUGCUGGAGCUGCUGCAGGGGUUGCAGCUGCCUUUGGAGCCCCAAUUGGAGGCACUCUUUUCAGCUUGGAAGAAGGUUCCUCUUUCUGGAACCAGGGGCUCACAUGGAAAGUGCUUUUCUGUUCCAUGGCUGCCACCUUCACCCUGAAUUUUUUCCGCUCUGGGAUUCAGUUUGGAAGUUGGGGGUCUUUCCAGCUCCCGGGGCUGCUGAACUUUGGCGAGUUUAAGUGCUCUGAGUCUGAUAAGAAAUGCCACCUCUGGACAGCUGUGGACUUGGGCUUCUUCAUUCUGAUGGGGAUUGUAGGAGGCCUUCUCGGAGCCACCUUUAACUGCCUGAACAAGAGACUGGCCAGAUACCGCAUGCGGAACGUGCAUCCCAAGCCAAAGCUGGUCAGGGUCUUGGAGAGCCUGCUGGUGUCACUGACCACCACGGUUGUGGUCUUUGUAGCCUCCAUGGUCCUGGGGGAAUGCAGGCAGAUGUCUUCCAGCAGUCACAGUGGCAAUGACACCCUGAGCCUGCAGGAUAUGUCAGAGGAUAUAAAUUCAAGCAUCAAAACAUUUUUCUGCCCGAAUGAGACCUACAAUGACAUGGCCACACUGUUCUUCAACCCUCAGGAGUCAGCUAUCCUGCAGCUCUUCCACCAGGACGGUACUUUCAGCCCAGUCACCCUGUCCCUGUUCUUCCUUCUCUAUUUCUUACUCUCCUGCUGGACAUAUGGGAUCUCUGUGCCCAGUGGUCUGUUUGUGCCAUCACUGCUUUGUGGGGCUGCCUUCGGACGCCUGGUCGCCAACCUCCUCAAAAGUUACAUCGGCCUGGAUCACAUCUACUCGGGAACCUUUGCGCUGAUCGGGGCCGCGGCGUUCCUGGGAGGAGUGGUCCGCAUGACCAUCAGCCUGACUGUCAUCCUCAUCGAGUCCACCAACGAGAUCACCUACGGGCUCCCCAUCAUGAUCACCCUCAUGGUAGCCAAGUGGACAGGAGACUUUUUCAACAAAGGCAUCUAUGACAUCCAUGUGAACCUGCGAGGAGUGCCUCUUCUGGAGUGGGAAACAGAGGUGGAAAUGGAUAAGCUACGAGCCAGUGACAUCAUGGAACCCAACCUGACCUACGUGUACCCUCACACCCGGAUCCAGUCCCUCGUGAGCAUCCUGCGCACGACUGUCCAUCACGCCUUCCCUGUGGUCACUGAGAACAGGGGCAACGAGAGGGAGUUCAUGAAGGGAAAUCAGCUCAUAAGUAACAACAUCAAAUUCAAGAAAUCCAGCAUCCUGACCCGAGCCGGGGAGCAGCGCAAGCGCAGCCAGUCCAUGAAGUCCUACCCCUCGAGCGAGCUGCGGAACAUGUGUGACGAGCACAUAGCGACGGAGGAGCCUCCCGAGAAGGAGGAUCUGCUGCAGCAGAUGCUGGAGAGGAGAUACACUCCCUACCCCAACCUGUACCCUGACCAGUCUCCCAGUGAGGAGUGGACCAUGGAGGAACGAUUCAGACCCUUGACCUUCCAUGGCUUGAUCCUGCGCUCACAGCUGGUCACCCUCCUUGACAGGGGGGUUUGCUACUCCGAGAGCCAGUCUAGUGCGAGUCAGCCCCGUCUGUCCCACGCAGAGAUGUCGGAGGAUUACCCUCGCUACCCAGAUAUCCAUGACCUGGACCUCACUCUGCUGAACCCUCGCAUGAUAGUGGAUGUCACCCCAUACAUGAACCCAUCACCCUUUACUGUCUCUCCAAAUACUCACGUGUCACAAGUCUUCAACCUGUUCAGGACGAUGGGGCUCCGGCAUUUACCGGUUGUGAACGCGGUUGGAGAGAUUGUUGGGAUAAUCACUCGGCACAACCUGACCCACGAAUUCCUGCAGGCAAGGCUGAGGCAGCACUACCAGACCAUCUGAAGCCCCUGCCCCACUGUUGGUGUGGCCUCCUCCCCGCACACGCUCUCGCACCCUGCUGGGACCCCAAAGGCCCAAGCCCUGCCGUUUGGCUUCUCACGUGCAUACCAAGCCUGGGGAACUGGAAAACAUCUUGCUAGCCAGAGAAUUAGAGGAGCUGCCUGAGCCCAGGGCUGCUGAUUGGUCUCAGGCACUUGGUUUGACCACUCUUUAUCCAGGUGUUUUCUUUCCCUGUCCCCUCUCCUUCCAUCAGAUGUUGUCCUGGCACUGUGUGUUCUGCCGUUUUGGUUUGGGGUUUUUUUAAGAAUUAGAAGGAAGAACCAUCAAACUCCCCUGUGUCCUGUGCAGAGAACUGCAGCAUCGUUCCCUUCCUCCUGUAUGACUCCCUUUUCCUCUUCCUCCCUUGUUCCUGCAACUGUUGCCUUAUUUGUGUGAGAAGGGGGUUGCUGUCAAGGCUGAGAGGAGAUACUGAGGUUUGCAGAUAUCAAAUAGCUACUCUGCAGGAUGGCUUUUCUCAAAGGCAGUAUUAAAAAAUCCAGCUUUUUGGACAUAUACCUCUCUUUGCAAGUGCUCCCAGUUGCCCAUGUUUUUCCACACUAGCUUCAUUUGUUCCUAAUUUCUUUACUUCUUUCAUGGGGAAAUGUCCUUGCUGUGAUGUUUUUGACAGAGAUGACUUUUGAGAGCAGCUCAACAAAUCAGGAGCUCAAAAAUUGUUAGAUUUCACUGUUUGGGUUUGUAAGUAUUUAAUACAUUUGCAAUGCAUCUCAGAGAAGGGAGAUCUCUGUUAGCUCUUGCUAUUAUCUCCCUGUCAGAGACUCUUCCAAGGCACUUUGUGGCACUCCACUUUGUCACUGACACCCUUGCAUUUCUUGGGCAUCUGUAGGCACUUUGUCCUUGUCCUGGUCUAGCAGUGAGAGCCUGGGACACCUUCCCAGCUGGAGUUACAGACCAGGGCACUCCAUGGCCUCAGAGCAUGGAGAGGUGUUGCUUUAGAGCUGAUGGUCUCCAGGCUUGGUUGGAUCUCUGUCACAAGAGGAGCUGCUGUAGCUUCAGGCUGCCCUACAGGAGAGAGACUUGGUGCUGGUGGAUAAGGCAGGACUUGCUGCAGGUGAUAAGUGCUCUAAAAAUGCUUGGGAUAAUGUUUGCAACUGCAGCAAUCAGCAUUAGGAGCCAGUUGCAGCCAGUUCAGUGCUUUAGCAGGUACCAUCCUGGCCAGCACCUGCAUUGUUCCAGCAGGCACCUGCCCUCCUGAGUUUGUGUGCAGAUAACCCUCAGUGGGAAGCCAGUCUUGUGCCUCCAGGGGCUGCAGAGCUGAUUGGCUUGAUAAAGCACAGAGCAUUCAUUCCCUCAGCCAAGAGGCUGGGCCAAGGAACAUGGGGAAUGUAUCCCAGAAAAGCUUCUACAAGGCCUCUCAGCCCUCCAGUUAACCUGUUGUCUGCCGUGAGGAGCUGGCUGGGUGGGAGUUGGGACAGAAGGAAGUCAGACAUUAUUGAUUUUCUGUAUUUCUGUAUUUCCUUAGAGCAUAGGAAUUGGCACCAGCUAUUACUCUUGAUUUGCAAGUUCUUUCCCUGUAAGUAGAGUGAGGAUGUUUGUUCUCUCUGGAUAGUCUCUGCAGGUGGUGUCUAAAAUACCUGUAUUCCCUGAGCUCUGGUCUUGCACUGAGCUAUCCCAAGAAACUUCCAGCACCCUUUUGCACUCCCUGAAGCUGGGCUGUAGGUUUGAAAUGUGCUUCCAUUAACCUGCCUUUCAUUCAGAGGAUUUGUGCUCCUGGGUGGUUACAAAUCACAGGAAUCCUGUUUCUGUGGGAUUUCAGAUCACUCUGAUGUGGAAUUAGCAAUCCUGUCCUCUUAGAGCACCUGUGUCUCUCUAUGACAAAUGUUCUCCCUCUUACUCAGGUUGAGUGAGUGUGUGUGGAAGGUUCCUUCUCUUCACAUGAAUAGGGCUCCUUAGAUUGUUGGCCCUGAGCUGGUCCUGCUUUAUUUCUGUACACAAACUGCAGGAUAUUUUGCUGCAGGAUGCCUUGUCAUCACUACUGAGGCUGGAGUUGGGCAAUCCAGACAAGGCAGGCUGGAGAAUCUUGUCAGGGUUUUUCUGAGCACCAGCUGCUUCCCCAUGAGAAGGCACUUGCCUCCAGCCUGCUGUCAGCUCUGUCUGCUCUGCCUGGGCAUCUUAUUCGAAUGCUUCAGCUGGAAAACACACCCUCUCAUUCUUUCAGUAUGAAAGUUUUAAAUGAGGCUGGUGGGUGACCCUGUCAGCUGCUUUAAAGGGAAAUCUCAGUGUGCAGUUACUGUUCUGUGGCCUGCAGAGAGGGAAUUACAAGUUCACCUGAUGUUUGAGAUGCAGCAUUUCCCUUCUGCUGAGGCUGAUGCCAAGGGGCUUGUGUUGAAUCAGUCUCAAUUCUCACACUUUGGUCAUUUAAUUCCUUUCUUACAACACACUAACUGCUUCCACUCUGGCUCUGGUUGCUUAGUGAUUUACCAAGAAACUCUAACAUAGGUGCCUGUAACCUUUUACUCAGAGCAACACUAAAGGAAUAAUAACCCAGAACUGGAUUAGUUCUGAUGGCAGGGUUAGAGGGUUAGUCUGGGGCCUUCUCCCCUGCCUCGUGGUCUCCUGUGCAGUGUUAAUGAUGCAGUUUUGAAUUGUUAAUUACUGUGAGCCAUUCCAAUGGUAGCAACUUACCUUUCCAUUUGUUUUUUUUUGCACUGUUUUUUCGUUAUGAAACGAUGUAAGCUAAUUCCAUGGUGUACAUAAAUUGUAUUUUUUUUAAAUUUGUAUGAAUAUAUUUUUAUUUGAACUAUGGCACUUGGGAAGUAUUCAUGUGAACCAUAACAUGUCUGAGAGUAAAAUGUUUGUGUGUCUCCUUCAGCACUUUCAAGGCCUUUUGAUGUUUCUAGUAUUGUUUUAUUUUUGCCCUUUUGAUGUUUCUAGCACUGUUUUAUUUUUGCCCUUUAUGAUAAUAAAACUAGUAGAACAUGGCAACA